AUGGGUGCGAACCACCACAAGCCCAAGUCCAGGGCCGAUCAGGCCGCCGCAACCAAGUUCACUGACGGCGCCUCUGAUGAAUUCGAAUUUGGCGGCUCGCUCGGUGCUUCUGCGCUGAUGGUGGGAUUCCCGCUGCUGAUGUGGUAUAUGUGGAUAGGCGCAACAUACCACGACGGCGGAUUCCCUUUGCCUGAGGCCGGUCAGAGCUGGCUUGAUUUCGGCCGUCAUCUCGUCCACCUGGUGUACGAGGGAGCCUAUCCGACCGCCAAAGCAUGGGCUGUCUAUUGGACCUUUUUCAUUGUAGAGGCUGUCAUGUACUGCUACAUGCCUGGCGUGUCUAGUCACGGACGGCCCCUGAGGCACGAAGGCGGCCGCAGGCUUCCCUACUACUGCUCCGCAUACUCUUCGUUUUAUGCGACGCUCGCGGCUGCUGCGGUCUUGCAUGUCACCGGCCUGUUCCCCUUGUACACGCUGAUCGACGAGUUUGGAUCGAUCAUGACCGUCGCAAUCCUGUCCGGUUUCCUGAACAGCUUCAUCGUCUAUAUCCAGGCUAUCGUGCGAGGACGGACCCAUCGUCUCUCGGGAUACCCCAUCUAUGAUUUCUUCAUGGGUGCUGAAUUGAACCCUCGGAUCGGAAUCUUGGACUUUAAGAUGUUCUACGAAGUGAGGAUUCCGUGGUUCAUCUUGUUCCUUAUCACCUGCUCCGUGGCUGCUCGACAGUUCGAAACAUACGGCUAUGUCGCGCCUGAGGUUGUGUUUCUGGCCGUGGCGCACUACCUGUACACCAAUGCCUGUGCCAAAGCUGAGCAGAUGAUCAUUACUAGCUGGGAUAUGUACUUUGAAAAGCUGGGUUUCAUGCUCACAUUCUGGAAUUUGGCCGGUGUGCCCUUUACCUACUGCCAUUGUGCUCUGUACUUAGCCAAUCAUCAUCCGUCCGAGUACCGGUGGAACCCCGUUGCCUUGUCGCUGCUCGCCGUCGUAUACCUUUUCAUGUACUGGAUGUGGGACAGCGCCAACGGCCAGAAGAACGCAUUCCGCCACGAGGCAAGGGGCCAGCUCAUCAAACGCAACACUUUCCCCCAAGUACCAUGGCAGUCCAUCAAGAACCCCAAGACCAUAAAGACCGAUGCAGGUGACCACCUACUGAUCGACGGCUGGUUUGGAAUCAUCCGAAAACCAAACUAUGUCCCAGACAUGUUCUUCUCCAUGACCUGGGGCCUGCUCACUGGCUUCAAGAGCCCUUUCCCAUGGUUUUACUUUGUCUUCUUCAUGGUUAUGAUAAUCCACCGCACACGGAGAGAUAUCGACAGGUGCCGACGGAAGUACGGCGAGGCUUGGAAGCAAUAUGAGAAGGCUGUUCCAUACAUCUUCAUCCCGUAUGUUAUCUAG